GCUUCACUCUUGUUAAAACACUAGCUAUUUUUAAGGCCAAGGUUCAACAUCAAUUGCAAUCAAUCAAAUCUCAACUGCAUCCGAUAGAAACUCCUCGCCUUCCCACGGGAGAUAGAGUCGGCUUAUUCCUAUAGUAUGUCACGUUGAAUCUCGACACAACCCCUCGCCAUUAUGUCUUUCACCAAUACACCUGUCACUCGGCUCGGUGUGGUCGGCUUGGUAGCUGGCUCUAUCAUUGCGAGUGUUCUUGACGUCAAGCACUACUUCUACAUUCUUAUCGAUACCCACAUAUGGAGAUACCGGCAGUUCUGGAGAAUCUUGGCCUAUCAGCUAUGCUAUGUCAACUCAACAGAGGUACUUUUUGCUGCCAUGUCGUUAUAUAACCUUCGCAUCGUUGAGCGAAUGUGGGGUUCUCGCAAGUUCGCUUCCUUCUUGACUGUCACUUUCUUCAUCACCUCCAUCAUACCGCCUGUUGUCUCGAUGGUACUGCGGCCUCUCGCUGCUGGAUGGUUCAACUACAUCCCGGCUGGACCAACUCCUAUAAUCUUUGCUAUCCUGGCUCAGUAUCAUGCCAUGGUUCCGCACAUGUACAAGUAUCGAGUGGCCACGUCUGAGGCACCUCCCACAGACCGACCAUUCGUUGGUCUCACGUUCUCGGAUAAGUCCUACAAGUACGCCAUUGCGUUGCAUCUCGCAUUGUUACAAUGGCCAGGCUCGGUCCUGGGUGCAGUCACUGGAUGGAUUGUGGGAUACUCGUGGCGGGAAGGGCUUCUUCCGGCUGCCCUCGUGCGCUGGCGAGUGCCGGGCUGGGUUGUAGGGCUAAGCUCUCAUAGACGAAGUGCCGAGUUUGAAGGCCUUCGACGUCGACUCGAGGACGAAAACUCCACAGCUUCUGUUGCAACCGGAGCUCAGGCUUCAACGGAGGGUCAGGCAGAGCGCCGGAGAACGAUGGGGCAACAAAUCAUGGAUCAAGUCAGAGAAGUGCUUUAGUGGUCGGUACGGUAGCAAUAUUCACCAUUAUGUUUUGUUACGAUUGGGCAAUAACCAAUGGCUUCCGAAAAAUUGCGGGACAGGAGACCACAGUAUUGAAGAGCAUACCUUAGCUCCUGGGGAAUGUUUCAGCCCAGUGAGCAUAUGACAUCCCUUGAAUGUCUAGGGGAUCUUCAGAGCAGGGAUAUCCUUUUCUGUAAAUAGAAUGCAUCUCUGAGUUGUCGAAACUAACGGAUUCCCGUGCGUCGAAGGAGAAUGCUAACAGAAACUUUAUCCAUGGCGUUGUCAGCCACGAUCCUACCAUCGACCGUCAGCAUAUCUGCGUGGAUCAUUGGGCACAGCCAUUAAUGCCACGCAACGUGACGGUAUGCCACGGUCAAAAGGGAGCAUUGGGGUCUAAAUAAAGGAUUCGAAACACGUCAGCUCAGCCUCUACAGAAUCAUCAUGUUUCCUCAUGCACGGAUCAAUUGUAUAAACAGAACAAAACUUUUAAUCUAUUUUUCUCUUUAAUAGACAAUCCCUCGAA